AUGUAUCCAAAUCGUGAGCUCAAUCAUCCCGAGCAACUUUUUAAACCUGUGAACCACGCAAAUUUCACGGAUUUUGAUGUUGAAUCGCAAACAUCGCAAAAUAACAUCAACUUAACGGAAGUUGUGAAGAAAAAUUUCGAAGAAUAUUGCGAUGCGUCGUCGAUUCACGGCUUCAAGUACAUCGGGACACGAAAACGGAUCGAGAGAUUUUUGUGGAUUUUGAUUUGUAUUUUGUUGCUUGCUGGAUGCGGAACGCAAAUUUACGAAAUUGUUGGAAAAUGGCGGGAAAAUCCACUCGUUUUCUUGCUGGAUACGAAAGUUUCACCGAUUGAAGAGAUCGAAUUUCCUGCAGUCACUAUUUGUCCUCAAAGGAUGCCCAAUAACAAAAGAUUUAAUUUUACGGAAUUUCUUCUAAAAAGUCGUACUAAUUUCGUAUAUUCGGAUGAUGAGAUGUACCUCUUCGAUUCAAUUUGUAAAUUUUGCGCUCGUCGUUUAAUUACUUUUGCAACAAGGCUUCGUCACUAUUCCUACGACAUUCCCAUCAUCAAUAACUCAAUUCUGCUCGAAGUGAUGGACGAAUAUUUCCCUCCAGAUUCGCUAAAAUUGUCUUUUUGUCAAGGCAUCGAAAAGAACGCUUCGCACUGGGAAUGCGGACUUCGCUUCAAACGAAUUUUCCUCAAAGAAGGUCUCUGCUAUUCGUUCAAUCUCCUGCCAAAAAGUGAAAUUUUCCGUGAUGGCGUCGAUUACCCCUUGGCAGAGGAAUUUAAUCUUGAAUUUCCCGAAGAUGGGCCCGAAAAAGAAAACGCCGCGGUUUUCAGUAAUUAUUUGGCGAAACAAAAAGCUCCUUACCGCGUGACGACUCGUCGUGAUCGCCUUCAUGUCCGAACUCGCGCCUAUGACGACUUCACCGAUCCAACUUGCAAUCCGGAUUUCUUCGUUUUCGUCCAUAAUCCGCACGACAUUCCGUGGGACUUGCAAUCGAGCGGAUAUUUGGUCCAAAUUGAUGAAUUUGUGAAGAAUGUCUUGACGGUGACGCCUUCCGUCAUUCGAACGGAUGAAAAAUUGAAAGAAGUUUUCACGCCCGAGGAGCGAGGUUGUUACUUCGAAGACGAAAGACCGUUGAAAUUUUUCAAAAAAUAUUCGCAAAGCAACUGCGAGUUGGAAUGUUUGACGAAUGGAAGUGUUCACAGAAAAUAUUCGAGUUGUCACACUUUUUACAUGCCCCGAACGCCGGAAAUGGAGCUUUGUCAUUAUGAAAUUUACUUAUUGUUUGCGGCAACAGAAGAACGAAAUGCGGAUAAUUUAGAAGAAUGUGGAUGUUUGCCUGAUUGCAAUAGCAUUGAGUAUUCCGUGACUAUCCAAAGCUCUCAUACUCCGGAUUUUGAUGACACAAGCAUUAAGAAACAGGACCUCAAAUCUCACGAAAAUGAAAAAUUCAUCCAAGAUUGGAUGCAAAAACUUGAGGAAAAACUAUUUCUUUGGAAAAAUAAGAGCUAUAAUUUUGAAAUUCCUCUUUCAGAAGCCAUGAAAAAAGCAAAUUACUCCUUCGACUUUGACAUUUGGAAGUACAAAUACUCAGAAAUUGAAGUUCAUUAUGCAAAUUCUGAAUUUUUGGCACGAAAACGUGUUCAAUCCUACUCUCUUGCGGACUUUAUAUCACAAAUUGGAGGCAUUUUGGGAUGUUUUCUGGGAAUUUCCAUCUUUAGCAUGGUUGAAAUUGUCUAUUUUUGCACUGUGCAGUUCAUGAAAAGAUUAAAACAUCAAGUGAAAGAUGAGAAAAAGGAUCCGGAAGUUCAAAUUCAACCAAAUUUGUCGAUAAUUUCAUUACAUUCUGAUGUAAAAUGA